GUCCUCCGUGACGCGGCUCAUUUGGCUUGAUCGGUCCAUGACAGAUGGACCGUUCGCCCGGUUCCGUGCACACUCGGAUCACCCCGCAACGAUCAACCAAGUUCUCUGUCCUCCUCCCAUCUUGAUCCAGAAUAACGCCCGUGAGCAAAUGCGUGGCCCGCUGCACCUCAUAAUCACAUCGCACUUUUGCCAGUUUGCCACAAUCGCGCUGGUGGAUGAGGUGAACCCAUGCACGUGGGCUACAUGCUUCAACCGUGCACAGGAUGUCGAAUGAAUUGCAAUCAUCCCAGGACGGAGCAGGAGAUACCUCCUAGCUCCAAAGUGCGAAGUCUCUGUUCACCAAGGCUGUCGCACUCUGGAGCCGCGAGCGUUCUUUCUAGAGUUUGGCGCCAGGGCUAAGGGCAGACCCCAAAAUGUCUAGUCGCAGACCCCAUUCCUGAGUCAUCAAGUUAUUACCGUACCCUUCCGCUGUAAUCCUAC